AGAUUAUAUCUAAUGUCAAAUCUGAUGAUAUGAACAAUAGUGAUAAUAAUUUGAAUCAAUUUGAAAAAGAAAAUGUAAUGCAAAUAAUUGCAAAUAUUGACAAUUUCAGUACUAAUGAUCAAAUUAUUUAUAACAAAGCAAUAAUCAAAUCUUCUAUUCAAGCUAUGUAUAAUAAUCAUGUAGCAACUUUUAAAACUAGUUAUUUCUAG